CCUCGGCCUCCCAAAGUGCUGGGAUUACAGCCGUGAGCCACCACUUCCGGCUCCGCGUUUCAUCUUUAAAGGCUGUUGCAGAGGCGGCUUGCUUCCCACCUGUGCAUCUCCGUAAAAAUCCCUAAAGGAAACAUGCCCACGUGUCCAGAGCUUUUAAGGACUUGAUGCAUUUCAGAUGAAGGCUUUUCCAGAAGCUUCCGCGUAGGAGAGGAUCAGGCUUCCAACUGGUUAUGGUCAGCAGCGUUUGGCACGUCUCCUUCCAGCCUGGAGGUUUUGUGAGGAUUCCCUGUAGAGUGUCUCUCGAAAGCCUGAUGAGGGGAAAUAGAACCUCUCAGUGAAUCGGCACCAGCGAGUGGAUGCCAGAAGGGCCAUUGGUGAGGAAAUUUCACCAUUUGAUCUCCCCCUUUGUGGGCCAGCAGGUGGUCAAGACAGGGGGCAGCAGUAAGAAGCUACAGCCCGCCGGCCUGCAGUCCCUGUGGCUCCAGGACACCCAGGUCCAUGGAAAGAAAUUAUUCCUUAGAUUUGAUCCAGAUGAAGAAAUGGAGCCCCCUGGCAGCAGCCCACCGCCAGAGCCUCCACAAAAAGAAGCGCACAAGGAAGGGGCUGUGGACCCAAAGCAGGACGGGGAGCCCAGCGGGCAGAAGACGCUUGAUGGAUCCUCACAGUCUGCAGAGCUCAACCCCCAGGGAGAGGAUGAAUCUGAGUGUUUGGAGGGAGACGCCCCUGCAGGAGAUGCUGGGAGGUGGCUGCGUGUCAGCUUUGGUUUGUUUGGCAGCGUUUGGGUGAACGAGUUCUCCAGAGCCAAGAAAGCCAACAAGAGAGGAGACUGGAGGGACCCUUCCCCGAGGUUGGUCCUGUACUUUGGUGGUGGUGGCUUCCUGGCAUUUUAUAAUUGUCAGAUGUCUUGGAGCUCUUCCCCAGUGGUCACACCCGCCUGUGACAUCCUGUCUGAGACGUUCCAUCGAGGACAAGCCUUAGAAGCUCUAGGCCAGGCGCAGCCUGUCUGCUAUACACUGCUGGACCAGAGAUACUUCUCAGGGCUAGGGAACAUCAUUAAGAAUGAAGUCUUGUACAGAGCUGGGAUCCAUCCCCUUUCUCUUGGUUCAGUCCUGAGUGCCCCGCGUCGGGAGGCCCUGGUGGAUCACGUGGUGGAGUUCAGUACAGCCUGGCUGCAGGGCAAGUUCCAGGGCAGACCGCAGCACACGCAGGUCUACCAGAAAGAUCAGUGCCCUGCUGGCCACCAGGUCAUGAAGGAGGCGUUUGGGCCCCCAGGUGGGUUCCGGAGGCUCACCUGGUGGUGCCCACAGUGCCAGCCCCAGUUGUCAGAGGAGCCGGAGCGGCGCCAAGUCUCCUAAGGAGCUCGUGGUGCUCUUCAUGGAACCUUGGCCCUUGGGGAACCUGAUGUCUAAGUGUCCAGAAAGGAGGAUGUGGGCAGGGAUGGGGUGCAGAGGAUCGUGUAUGUUGGGGUGCCAGGAUUAUAAUAUUCACCUCCCCGGAGUUAUGUUGAAGGCAGAGUUUUCAUAGGAUUAGAUUCUUUUUAUCCUUUUCCAGUUCAGUGAAUUCGUCCUAUUGAAUUGCAUCAUAGUGAAAGAUGAGAGAAAUCGUGAUGAUGGGGAAGGGGAAACCUCCCAGAAGGCACUGGGGCAAGGAAAAAGAAAGCCUAUGGGAAAUGGCUGAGCUCCCAACAUGGCUUUGCAGAUGAUGUGCGGUUUUGUUUUUGUUUUGAGACAGGGUCUUGCUCUGUCUCCCAGGCUAGGGUGCAGUGGCGUGAUCUUGGCUCACUGCAGCCUUGCCCUCCCAGGCUCAAGCAGUCUUCACCUCAGCCUCCAGAGCAGAAUGGGAUGACAGGCAUGUGCUAUGAUGCCUGGCUGAUUUUUGUUUACUUUUUAUAGAGAUGGGGUCUUGCCAUAUUGGCCAGGCUGGUUUUGAACUCCUGCAACUCAUGCAGUCCUCCCACUUUGGCCUCCCGAAAUGUUGGGACCAUGGGUGUAAGCCACUGCGCCCAGCCAGCUCCUGUGUUUUGUUUUUGUUUUGUAACUUUGGUUGAUGUUAAGGCCCUCCAUUUUGGAAAGCAGGAAAACAGGUUGGUUUUUGGUUUUUUUGUUGUUUUUUUUCUUGUUCCCCUGGAGGAUCCAGGGAUGAGGAUAGAGUGACCUGAGAGCAGUGCUUGGAUUCAGCCUCCUGCCGGGUCCUUCCUGCUGGACACAGACACCAAGAGGCUGGGGGUGGAGCAGGGAGCUGCGCCUUCUUGGGGUGCCCAGUGGUCUGUAGAGAAAAGCUGCUUGUUUACUCCUUAAGUCAAUGUCUUUGUGACUGUUGAUAUGUUGAACAAUUCAGGAAUCAAGGGCUGUGGAGAAACUCCCUCCAGUUGUUGGCAACAGGUGAAUGAAGCCAGAGCAGUGACAUGAAAAUAAAGCUCUCUGUUACUUGC